UGUGACUGUGUGUGUGUGUCUGUGUGUGUGUGUCUGUGUCUGUAUGUGUUUGUGUGUGUGUGUGUGUGUGUGUGUCCUUGUGUUUGUAUGUCUGCAUGCACGACAGGAUAAAUCCUGCUUCUCUUCCAUUCUCUCUCUCUUUCUGCCACUCACACACACAAGUUCAGUCCAGUGCUGCUCUUUGCCAACCCUCAUUCUCCCCCCCCACACACACACAUACAGAACACACACAUUUACAACCGAGGACUGCAGUUGGUCCACUUCUUUCUGGUGCUGUGGAACUUAACAAUUUGCCUUUAUGGAGGAUUACCACAAACCUGACCAGCAGACAGUGCAGGCGCUAAGGAAUAUCGCCAACCGCCUCAGAAUCAACUGCAUCAAGGCAACAACUGCUGCAGGCAGUGGACACCCGACAUCAUGCUGCAGUGUUGCGGAAAUCAUGUCUGUGCUUUUCUUCCACACCAUGAAGUACCGUCCUGAAGAUCCCAGGAACUUCAAUAAUGACCGUUUCAUCCUGUCCAAGGGCCAUGCUGCUCCAGCCCUGUACUCCAUGUGGGCCGAGACUGGCUACCUGAAGGAGAGUGAGCUCCUCAGUCUGUGCCAGGUUGACUCGACUCUGGAGGGCCACCCGACUCCUAAGCAGCAAUUUGUGGAUGUAGCCACUGGCUCCUUGGGACAGGGCCUUGGUGUGGCCUGUGGGAUGGCAUACACUGGAAAGUACUUUGACAAGGCCAGUUACCGUGUGUACUGUCUGCUGGGUGAUGGUGAGCUGUCUGAGGGGUCUGUCUGGGAGGCCAUGUCCUUUGCCUCCUACUACCAGCUGGACAACCUGGUCGCCAUCAUGGACAUCAACCGUCUGGGCCAAAGUGACCCAGCUCCCCUGCAGCACCAUGUUGAGAAAUAUCAGAGGCGCUGUGAAGCUUUUGGUUGGCAUGCCAUCAUAGUGGAUGGACACAGUGUGGAGGAGCUUUGCAAGGCUCUGAGCCAGCCACGCCAUCAACCCACUGCCAUCAUUGCUAAAACCACCAAGGGCAAAGGCAUCCCAGCUGCAGAGGAUAAGAUGGGCUGGCAUGCCAAGCCUCUGCCCAAGGACAUGGCAGAGGUGGUGCUUAAAGAUCUGCAGAGCCGCAUCAUGAACAGCAGCAAGCGCCUGUACCCAGCUGCUCCCAUGGAGGACUCCCCACCGGUCAGCCUGAGGAACGUGAGGAUGCCCAGUGCACCCAGCUACAAGCCUGGAGAGAAGAUUGCCACCCGGAAGGCGUAUGGAAUGGCCCUGGCCAAGCUCGGCCGCUACAAUGAACGUGUUGUGGCCCUUGAUGGAGACACCAACAACCUCACCUAUUCAGAGAUCUUCAAGAAUGAGCAUCCCAAUCGUUUUGUCGAGUGCUACAUUGCUCAGCAGAACAUGGUCAGUGUUGCCAUGGGCUGUGCUGCCCGUGACAGGAACAUGGUGUUUGCCAGCACCCUGGCUUCCUUCUUCACCCGCGCCUAUGACCAGCUCCGCAUGGCUGCCAUCUCAGAGAGCAACAUCAACCUGUGUGGCUCCCACUGUGGCCUGUCCACUGGAGAGGAGGGCCCUUCUCAGAUGGCCCUCGAGGACAUGGCUAUGUUCAGGACCCUUCCUACAGCAACUAUUUUCUAUCCCAGUGAUGGUGUGUCAACUGAGAAGGCCGUGGAGCUGGCUGCAAACACAAAGGGUGUUUGCUACAUCAGAACUAGCCGUCAAGAGCAUCCCAUCAUCUAUAACAGCAAUGAAGAUUUCCAUGUUGGACAGGCUAAGGUGGUGUACCAGAGCAAGGAGGACCAGGUGACUGUGGUGGCUGCUGGGGUGACCCUGCAUGAGGCUCUGGCUGCAGCCGACCAUCUAAAGAAAGAGAGAAUCUCUAUCAGGGUCAUUGACCCCUUCACAAUCAAACCACUGGAUGUCAAAACCAUCAUCGACCACGCUCAUGCCACUAGGGGACGUAUCAUCACCGUGGAAGACCACUACUAUGAAGGUGGCCUGGGGGAGGCAGUGUGCUCAGCAAUGGCCAUCGAGUCUGGGUUCAGUAUGCACCAUCUGGCUGUGUCCCACGUUCCCCGCAGUGGCAAACCGCACGAGCUGCUCAAGAUCUAUGGCAUCGACCGUGACGCCAUUGCCCAGGCCGUCCGCAAGAUGCUAAGCAGCUCUACCAAUGCCAAGUAACUUUCCCCUUGCCCCACCCACCUAUCUAAUCACACCCCCUCAGAUCAAGAGAAACAGUAUGCUCCAAUUCACGUGACACCCAGCUCUUUAAAUUCCUUCACUGUGAAUGCCCUUGUGUGUUAACUGAAGUAAUGUGAUUUUGUGCUGUACAUUUUGAAGUAAAGUUCCACAUUUACCUUUCUUUCAUGCAUCCAUCACAUCACACACAAAAAUAGACACACAGAGACCCUGCCUCCCAAUCCCUGCAUUGUCAUGAGUCAUUACAAUGUCAAGUUCAUUUAUCCAAUACAAAUCCACCAUACAAAACAGUACAUUCUUACAUGUUGUGACUCAACAUUUGUGAUGCUAUUAUGUGUUUUUGAAAUGCUCUUUGAUAUGUUCAACCUCAUUCAACUUACAACAAUGUAGUCUAUUUUAAUACUUUUAUAUUGUUCUGAUAUAGAAAGGGUGGGGCGUAUAGUAGCAAAGUAGGUGUCCUUAUCAUGACAACAGUCUCUGAAUGAAUCUAACUGAAUUGAUGUUUGUAGAGGUUAGUCUUGAAAAAAAAAAAGAAAAAAAAAAAAGAUCAAACAAAUGUAGGUCAGCCACAAAGAGCAGUCACGCUGAAGUCCACAAUGCAUUUGGUCAAUGUUUCCCAAAACCACAGCACACAUCAUUAGACAACUUCAACACUGUCUAUUUUUUUAAAGAAUCUAAAGUACCAUAAACCUAUACAUCUCAAUAUUCAUUUGUGCCAGUUCAACAUUUGGACUAUUCCAGCAGUUUGACAACAUAACCAUUGUGUAGUCAGUGACAUAAUCUCUUGACGUAAGGGUAAGGCGGAUGGGUACAGGUCCCGCUUGGUUGUGGCUAUGAAGGUAGAGUUACAUCUGAAUUGUGAACCCAAGAACAAACACUUCCUUUGUUACUUGAAAUUUUGUAUGUACCUUACUUUCAUGUAAUAAAGCCCUCUGCAUUUGAGUUUGA